AUGGGCUACGAUAAGACUGACGAGUUGGCUAUCAACACCAUCCGGACGCUGGCCGUCGAUGCCACGUUCAAGGCCAACUCUGGCCAUCCCGGUGCGCCAAUGGGCAUGGCUCCCGUCGCCCACGUCCUGUUCAACAAGUUCAUGACCUUCAACCCCAAGAACCCCAAGUGGUUGAACCGCGACCGUUUCGUCCUCUCCAACGGCCACGGCUGCAUGCUGCAGUACGCCCUGCUGCACCUGUUCGGCUACGGCGUCUCGCUCGACGACCUCAAGAACUUCCGCCAGGUCGACAGCAUCACUCCAGGCCACCCUGAGAGCCACGACACACCCGGCAUUGAGGUGACCACCGGUCCUCUGGGCCAGGGCUUCACCAACGCCGUUGGUCUUGCCAUUGCUCAGGCACACACUGCCGGUGUCUUCAACAAGCCAGGUUUCGACCUCGUCAACAACCACACCUACGUCUUCUUCGGCGAUGGCUGUGCUAUGGAGGGUGUUGCCAGUGAGGCCGCCUCGACCGCCGGUCACUUGCAGCUUGGCAACUUGAUCGCCAUCUACGACGACAACCACAUCUCCAUUGACGGCGACACCAAGUGCGCCUUCACUGAGGAUGUCACCAAGCGCUUCGAGGCCUACGGCUGGCACGUCCAGUGGGUCAAGGACGGUGACAGCGACUACGCCGGCAUCGAGGCCGCCAUCGCCAAGGCUAAGGAGGUCAAGGACAAGCCUUCCAUGAUCCGAUUGACAACCACCAUCGGCUUCGGCUCCAAGCUCCAGGGCACUGGUGGUGUCCACGGCAACCCACUCAAGGAGGACGACGUCAAGCAGGUCAAGGAGAAGUUCGGCUUCGAUCCAUCAAAGACCUUCGUCGUCCCGCAAGAGGUGUAUGAUCUCUACAACAAGCACGCCUCGGAGGGCGCUGCUGCUGAGCAGGAGUGGAACCAGCUGCUGGACAAGUACACCAACGAACACAAGGAGCUUGGCGCCGACCUCAAGCGUCGUCUCACUGGCAAGCUUCCAGACGGCUGGCAGAACAAGCUCCCAGUCUACAAGCCAAGUGAUAAGGCUGUUGCUUCCCGUAAGCUGUCUGAGACUGUCCUCGAGGCCAUCCACGAGGCCGUUCCAGAGCUCCUUUCUGGCUCUGCCGAUUUGACUGGCUCCAACAACACUCGCUGGAAGAACGCCGUCGACUUCCAGCCACCAAGCCUCGGCAUUGGUGAGUGGAGCGGUCGCUAUAUCCGCUAUGGUGUGCGUGAGCAUGCCAUGGCUGGUAUCAUGAACGGUCUCUCUGCGUACGGCACCCUCAUCCCAGCCGGUGGCACUUUCCUCAACUUCGUCUCCUACGCCGCCGGUGCCGUCCGUCUCUCCUCGCUCUCUCACCAGCGUGUCAUCUACAUCGCUACUCACGACUCUAUCGGUCUUGGUGAGGAUGGCCCAACUCAUCAGCCUAUCGAGACCCUUGCCCACUUCCGCGCCCUGCCAAACAUGAUGGUGUGGCGUCCAGCUGAUGGCAACGAGACCUCUGCCGCCUACUACGUCGCUCUCACCUCGCAGAGCACUCCUUCCAUCUUCGCCCUCACCCGUCAGAACCUGCCCCAGCUCGAGGGUUCCACCAUCGAGAAGGCCAUCAAGGGUGGUUACGUCGCCCUUGAGGACUCCGCAGCCAAGAUCACCCUCGUCUCUACCGGUUCGGAAGUUGGUCUCUCUCUGGAGGCUGUCAAGUACCUCAAGGACAACCACAACAUCGCGGCUCGUGUCGUCUCGAUGCCUUGCGUGGAGGUCUUCGACGCCCAGCCAAAGGACUACAAGCUGUCGGUCAUCCCAGACGGGAUCCCAGCCCUCAGUAUCGAGGUCAUGAGCACACUCGGCUGGGAGAAGUACUCGCACGAGCAAUUCGGUCUCAACAGAUUCGGUGCUUCCGGUCCAUACACCGAGGUCUACAAGAAAUUCGAAUUCACCCCAGAGGGCGUCGCCAAGCGUGCCGUCGCCACCAUCGACUUCUACAAGGACGUCAAGCCUCUCCGUUCCCCACUCAACCGUGCUUUCCAGCAGCUCAUCUAA